CCAACACAACGUAGCUAUCACCUUUGUUGUUAACUCUUGUGUUGUUUUUUUAUCAUAAUUCUUCAUACUUAUAAAACUUGCAUAACAUCUUUUCUCAUUUCAAUCUCUCACAGCUUCAAGAAGAAGAAAAACCAUGGCUUUUUCUAGUUCCUUCCUUAAGCCAAACCAUUCUUUUCUUCAAUGCCACAAAUACAAAUCUCCAAUUCCUCUUGGUUGCAGAAACCAGUUCUGUGUGAUGGCUUCAUCAAGCAGUAACACAAGUGAUGGAGAAAGGACAAUUAUAAGGAAAGAGAAAGAUGAGUGGAAGAUUAAUUUCUCAGCUCAGAAACCAGUAACACCAUUAUUGGAUACAGUUAAUCAUCCAAUUCAUAUGAAGAGUCUAUCCACAAAGGAUUUGGAACAAUUGGCAGCAGAAUUAAGGGCUGACAUUGUACACAGUGUGUCAAACACUGGUGGGCAUCUUAGCUCAAGUUUGGGAGUGGUGGAGUUAGCAGUUGCCCUACAUCAUGUUUUCAACACCCCUGAUGAUAAGAUCAUAUGGGAUGUUGGCCAUCAGGCAUAUCCACACAAGAUUCUCACAGGUAGAAGGUCAAGGAUGCACACCAUUAGGAAAACAUCAGGACUAGCAGGUUUUCCAAAAAGGGAUGAGAGUGCUCAUGAUGCUUUUGGUGUAGGGCACAGUUCUACAAGUAUAUCAGCUGGUCUUGGCAUGGCAGUUGCAAGGGAUCUAUUGGGAAAGAACAACAGUGUGAUUUCAGUGAUAGGAGAUGGAGCAAUGACUGCAGGACAAGCUUAUGAAGCCAUGAACAAUGCAGGAUUCCUUGAUGCUAACUUGAUAGUUAUUCUUAAUGACAACAAACAAGUUUCUUUACCAACUGCAACACUUGAUGGCCCUGCAACACCAGUUGGAGCUCUUAGUAGUACUUUAAGCAAAAUUCAAGCAAGCACUCAAAUCCGAAAACUUCGAGAAGUUGCUAAAAGCUUCACAAAGCAAAUAGGAGGACAUACACACCAAGUUGCAUCAAAAGUUGAUAAGUAUGCAAGAGGUAUGAUCAGUGCUUCUGGCUCUACAAUCUUUGAGGAGCUUGGUUUAUACUACAUUGGUCCGGUGGAUGGUCAUAACAUUGAAGAUUUGGUUACCAUACUUGAGAAAGUUAAAUCAAUGCCAGCACCAGGUCCAGUUUUGAUUCAUGUUGUGACAGAAAAAGGAAAAGGAUAUCCACCGGCUGAAGCAGCUUCCGAUAAAAUGCACGGUGUUGUCAAAUUUGAUCCUAAAACAGGUCACCAAUUCAAGCCAAAACCCACAACACUUGCAUACACACAAUACUUUGCUGAAUCUUUGAUAAAGGAAGCUGAAAUAGAUAAUAAGAUAGUAGCAAUUCAUGCAGCAAUGGGUGGUGGAACUGGCCUAAAUUAUUUCCAGAAAAAGUUUCCUGACCGAUGUUUCGAUGUCGGGAUAGCCGAACAACAUGCUGUUACAUUUGCAGCAGGGUUAGCUGCUGAAGGCCUCAAGCCAUUUUGUGCUAUUUAUUCGUCAUUCCUUCAACGCGGAUACGAUCAGGUGGUCCAUGAUGUUGAUCUUCAAAAGCUACCGGUCCGAUUUGCGAUAGAUAGAGCUGGUUUAGUGGGUGCAGAUGGACCAACUCAUUGUGGAGCAUUUGAUAUCACUUACAUGGCUUGCUUGCCAAACAUGGUUGUCAUGGCUCCAUCUGAUGAAACUGAAUUGAUGCACAUGGUUGCAACUGCAGCAGCUAUAAAUGACAGACCAAGCUGCUUUAGAUUUCCAAGAGGCAAUGGAAUUGGAAGCAAUCUUCCUCUCAAUAACAAAGGAACCCCCCUUGAGAUAGGAAAAGGAAGAAUUCUGAGAGAAGGAAGCAGAAUUGCAAUUUUGGGAUUCGGUUGUAUAGUUCAACAAUGUCAGGAAGCAGCAGAAAUGCUUAAAACAUUGGGAGUUUAUGCAACAAUUGCUGAUGCUAGGUUUUGCAAACCUUUGGAUACUGAUCUAAUUAGGCUACUAGCUAGAGAGCAUGAAAUACUCAUCACAGUUGAAGAGGGUUCUAUUGGAGGUUUUGGAUCACAUGUUUCACAGUUCUUAAGCUUAGCUGGUAUCCUUGAUGGACCACUUAAGUUGAGAUCAAUGAUGCUUCCUGAUAGGUACAUUGAACAUGGAUCACCUAAUGAUCAGAUGGAUGAAGCUGGUCUUUCAUCAAAGCAUAUUGCUGCCACAGUUUUAUCUCUUUUGGAAAUGCCAAAAGAAGCUCUUUUGUUCAAAUGAAAGCAAAAUCUUGAAACUCAGAAGUGUUCAGUUAGAAUUGUGGUUGAGAUGAAGUUGUAAAUAACUACAUAGUAGCAUUGUUGGACUAGUUAUAUGAUCUGAGUCAUAUUUUUUUAGUGGCAGAAGCAAGAAUCACAAGUGACUCAAAACAUGAUUUUAUUCUUGCAAAAGGAAGCAACUAAAAAGGCAUUCUUUACAGUGUAUUAUAUCAAUUGGCCGGGUCCGAAAAAAAGUUAUUAAUAAAUAUUACAUUUAUUUUAAUCGUAUAA